AUGGCCAGUGCAUCCCCACUGGAGGAACACGCCAAUCUACUACUGCCCUCCCCGGAAGCUGACUUCGCAAGGCUAAAUAUAGGAUGGUGUGUUGAGGGCGCAAAGAUCGUUGAGAUAUGCGAGAAGGGUGAUAAGCUCCUGGAUGAGGAAGUUUCCAAGGUUUACAAGGGCAAGAAAGUCCCUAAGGGAAUCUCCCACCCAACCACCGUCUCGCCAAGCUCAUUCGUCACCCCGUAUACCCCACUGGUCUCGGACGCGGAGGAAGCCGCCACAACCCUGAAAGCUGGCGAAAUCGUCAAGAUCCAGCUAGGCGCACAAAUCGACGGCUUCGGCACCAUCGUCUGCGACAACAUCGUCGUCGGUGCCGGCGAUGGCACCAUCACGGGCCGCAAGGCAGAUCUGCUGUUGGCGACUUACUACGCGAACGAGCUGUUGCUGCGACUGAUGGUGCCACCGGGCCUGCUGGCCAGUGGCUCUGAGGAGGAGAAGAAGCAGGCCGCGGCCGCCAAGCCGCCGACGCAGGCUGUUAUGACGAAUUUGUUGGAGAGGGUUGCGAAGGCGUAUGGAUGUUCGUUGGUGGAGAAUACGACUAGUUGGCUCUUUGAGCACAAUGAGAUUGAAGGGAAGAAGAAGAUCAUCAUUGCGCCUGGCGCGGGGGUUAAGGGGGAGGGAUCGCCGGAAGUUGGAGAGGCAUGGGGGAUUGAAGUGGGGCUUUCGUUGGGGUCGGGCAAGGUGAAGAAUUUUGAGCAUAGGCCUACGCUGCACCGGCGGACGACGACGACGUAUAUUCUUAAGCGGCCUAGUUCUAGGCAGACGCUGUCGGAGAUUGUGAGGAGGUUUGGAACUUUCCCGUUUAGUCUUAGGCAGUUGGAGGACGAGAAGGCGGGGAAGGUUGGGGUUGUGGAGUGUGUGCGUGGCGGGGUUGUGAGGCAGUAUGAGCCAGCUGGUGAGGCGGAUGGGUCGCCUGUGUCGAGGUUAUUAACUACCGUUGUGAUUACCAAGAAUGGCUUGACGAGGGUUGCAGCUCCUCCACCUCUCGACCUGUCAAAGGUCCAGUCCGACAAGAAGAUUACAGACGAGGAGAUUCUGAAGAUCCUUGAGCGGCCGUUGGCACGGUCCACUGGGACGAAGAAGAGCAAGAAGAAGAAGAAGAAGCCUGCCAAGAAGGCUGCUGCUGCCAACGCUCCUGCUGAUGCAGCUGAGGAUGAAGAGGAGUCUAGCGACGAGGAGUAG